GCCGGGAGCGGCGCCCUGCACCUCCUAUUCGUCGCCUCAUGGCGGCCCGCAAGGCUGAGCGGAGCGCAGGCCCGAGGAGGCCCGAGGCGGGCUCCGAACUCCAGGCCGCACCCGGGGCUCCGCAGCUGGCUGGGACUUGCAGGGACCCAGCGGGGCGCGCUGACGCCCGAGCCCGCCGGCCUCGCACGCCGCUUCCCGUCCCUCUCCGCUCACUAGCCGCUCGGAUUUGCAGGGAGAGUCGGCGGUGGCCCGGUUUCUCGGUGCCCGCGGUGGGAAGGUGGUGGUUGGUCAAAGAAAAAGUGAUGUACGAAAAAGAGGCAAAACAACAAGAAGAAAAGAUUGAAAAAAUGAGAGCUGAAGAUGGUGAAAAUUAUGACAUUAAAAAGCAGGCAGAGAUCCUACAAGAAUCCCGGAUGAUGAUCCCAGAUUGCCAGCGCAGGUUGGAAGCCGCAUAUUUGGAUCUUCAGCAGAUAUUAGAAAGUGAAAAAGACUUGGAAGAAGCUGAGGAAUAUAAAGAAGCACGUUUAGUACUGGAUUCAGUGAAGUUAGAAGCCUGAAACUUUUCUCGUAUGGGGUGGUUUUUGCAUUAAAUCCUGGGGUCCAUUUUACAAUCCAUUAUUUUUAACCACUGCUGUGUGUUCAAGUAGUAUGAGAAUGUGAUUGUUUUUAUCUGGUUACAUAUAUAUUUCUUUGUCUAAUUUAAUAUGUCAAAUAAAUGAGUUCAUCUAAUAAAAUUGUUUAUUUUAUACUUUACAAAA